UGAUGUUCGUGUGUCUGUGCCUCCUCCACCACACCGCUCCGCACCGCACCGCCUCCUGGACAACAUGGCGCACGGAGGAGCGAAUGGAGAUUUUCCAUAUUUACCUUCAGGGGCAGCAGAAGUUAACCGAAUGAUCCAGGAACACAGCGACCUGUUUUCAGACUCGCAGUGUAAAGUGUGCAGCGCUAUCCUCAUUUCAGAGUCUCAGAAACUUGCUCACUACCAGAGCAAGAAACAUGCAAGUAAAGUACGCCGGUACAUGUCAACCCACAAAGAUGAAGAACCAUUUGCUAAAAGAUUUAAAUCUUCAUCAGAUGAAGCUGUAAGUGAUGUAGGUCAAGGGGACAAAUAUAAAGCUUGCCAUGUGUGCAACAUGACAUUUUCCUCAGCAGUGGUGGCAGAAUCUCACUAUCAAGGCAAAGUGCAUGCCAAAAAUCUUAGAUUAAAAAACUUUGGUCCACAGACACCAGCAUUACCUCAGCCUAAGGCUAAGGUUAACAAGGAGGAUGUGCAGACUACAGGAGGGCAGGGCCCUGCUGCGGAAGACCCCAACCGUUUCUGCUCCAUCUGCCAGGCUUCUUUCAACAACCCACUCAUGGCUCAACAGCACUAUGUUGGCAAGAAGCAUAAAAAACAUUUGACCAAGCAGAAACUGAUGGAGACCUAUGGACCCUCCACCGCACCAGCCUCUACACUAAAGGGCUAUCCAUGCACUGUGUGCAAUAUUGAGCUCAAUUCAGUGGAACAGUACCAGGCUCAUAUCAGCGGCUCCAAACACAAGAACCAAGUUAAGCUUAAGAGAGGUGGCAACUCAUUUGUUGGUCCCUCAGAGAACCACCAGUCAGCCUACCAGUAUGGCUCUAACGACGAGGACCCAGCCCAGAAGGACUGGGGCAGCUUCAACCAGGACUAUGAGUGAGGAGAUGCCUUUGGCCAUCACUGUCCUCGCCGUGUGUGACGAGCUGCUACUGUUGGGCACAGACAAUGUCUGUUUGUACUGUGCACCUCCUAAUGCCAGCUUUUGCUUAUCACAGCUCUUCUUUGUGUUUGGUGUAUUUCUCAGUCAGACAUAGAUGAGUGACAACUUCUAACCUCCAUACUGUAUUCAUUCUCUCAGACAGUGAAAGAUAGCAGAAGUCAGAGAAAAAAGUUCUGUUUCCCUCUCAUUAGGGCAUUUUAUGAGACCUUGCAUUUCAGUUUACAAAUAUUUAAGUAACUUAAGAGUGUUUGUCAAAAUAUGCUACGUAAAUGCUUCAGAACACUACAGUUUCUGGUGACAUUUAGUAAAAAUGUUUUUUCAAACCUUGUUUUAUGAAUUUUGUUUCAAAAGGAAUGUCUUUUAUGAAAUCUCUCUCAAAUGUUGUUGACGUUUUAGCAUAAUGGAUUAAGUUUAGCCAUUUUUGUUAGUCAGCAAUGAAGAGGGUGUCUGUUGGUGUAUGUUGUAGGUUAAAUAGUGCUAUAUUUCCUGUUUUUUGUUUUUUACUGCUGUGUUCAAGGAGUCAUUUUAUUUUAUGUAAAGUCAUAAGUUUGACCAGUGGAGGGCAGUAGAGGUUUUAGCUUUUCUUUGACCUGUUUCACCUUUUAUUUGCCUGGAUAAAAAGUCAUUAGGUUGCAAUCAUCUGCUUACACCACAGUCUGUGGACUGCAGUUUGUACUGAUUGGAUCAUGCUUGUUUUUUCUUUCUUGUUUUGUGCAUCAUCAUUAUUAUAAUUGACUAAUCCUCUCUAUUAAGCAGCAUGUUCCAGUUUAGUGACCAUGUCCUCAAUUUGUGCAAAUAAGCAAAAUGUGCAAACUGAUCAUUGAAUUCUUUCAUGUUUCAAGUGCACAGUUAGAAACUUAAUGAGGGGCUGUUCUCCAAUGUAUGGAACUGGGUGCCCAGCUGAAACCCUUUCAGCUUAAUAGAAGUGAGUGUGGAGCACAUUAAGUUUUUUGCUAAAUGUUAAAAAAAAAAAAAGUUUUAUACAAGCAGCGUGUACACUUCUGCUACAAAUGAAAACUUAAUCUUUGUUGGCAGCACCUGCUGUUAUUUAGCAGUUCAGCUGAAGGUGGGGAGUAUUGCAUCUUUUACCUCCAUAGAUGGGGCUGAUGGGAACAGGCUGUGGCGAUAAGUGUAAUAGUUGCUAAAAUGAUUGAAACACGGUCGGUUCAGUUAUGUUGUUUGAACCAGACAAGCUUUCCAACCUUAAAACAAAAUAAAAAAUAAAGCGUAAUUAGUGAAAAGAGACAAAUUUAUAUUUGAAUAUAAAGUAGAACAGCAAAUAUCAGCAUGAUUAAACAGCAUUAUAUUUUAUUUACAUCAUCAGUAAUUUUUUUUUCAAUGUACCAGGAAAAAAGUACUUUCGUGAUAAAGGAAGGUCUUCAUGAUGAAAAUGUCUGAAGUGUCCAAAUUAUUGUGAAAAUGUACAGAUGAGGCUACGGGAACAAAAAGCCACGUUCAGUUUGAAUCUGUUUACCUACAUGCAAGACCCUUAUUACGUUCUGUAGCAUCUGUAACCCCCAUUUUUAGGUUUACAGUACCAUUCAAAAGAUUUGAACACCUUAAUAUUUUUUUUAAAUAAAUGUCCUGGACUAUGAUCACAUUACAGGGCUGAAGUGCUGCAGAUAAGUUUUUUAUUUAUUUAUUUAUUUGUUUGUUUGUUUUUGUGUAAAUGAGACACAUUUACCCAAUUAGAUUUUUUUUCAGACCACAGAAACCUUUUAGUCUUAUUUGAGCCACUGUGUGUUUUCCUAGAUCAUUUAUACAAAGUACAUCUGCCUUAUUGUUUUUUUUUUUCUCGUUUAUGUGUGUUGUUUUUCCUCAGAUGCAGUCUCUCUGUAUUGGUAACAUUAGUUCUUUUGAUUUCCACAUAUGGUGCACUGGAAAUGGAGACAUAAACAAGCCUUUUAUUUAUAUUUUUAUUAAUAGGAUGUUUCAUUGAAAAAUAUGUAGAAGUAUGUCAUACAUUUGCAUUGGUCUUGUAGAGCUUUUACAGUGUUUUAAACAGUUAAAUCAUGGCAAUCUGUCCAUAUAAGUGAAGAUUGAUACCACAUGCAGAGGUAAACUGCUCAGGUAGUUAAUUAAGCCCUAAAGCUGAGUUUUUAAUAAUAAGCAAACAGCCUACAGUGCUAAUGCAACAUGCAAAGCUGCAAAACACAUACGUGGUUGCUAUUGGGGAUGCAAGAAUUUUGCAAUGGGUUGGGCACUGGAAAUGCAUUCUAGGUGGCCACUCGUGAAGCUUCUUGAAAGAAUGCCAAGAAUGUACAAAGCUGUCAUCAAGACUUAGAAGAAUCGAAAACAGACAAUGUUUAUUGAUGUGUUCACUAUUAAAGUGUGGAAAAUAGUA